GACCCACCGUUGUGUCGCCUUGUGCUCAAGGCACGCCAUUGUGGUGUGCGGUGCGAGUUUUAGCUGCAACCGCAGUUUUAGGAAAGGUCGUUUAACGUUUAACCGAGAGAAACUUCGGCUUUUUAAAUUGUGAUUAUUUGAUAAACUCUUGACUUCUUGUUAACCACAACAGAACUUCAAACAUGACGAUCCAGUCAGCCAUCAACAAAGAGGUUUUUGUCCCUCGUGAUGAACGGAUGCUGGUUGCUGUGGAGGUGAAGAGGAGAAAGAGGAAAAGAGUACCCUUCCUCCCCACAGGAGGAAAGGGGGAUUAUGCUACAUACAUCUGCCUGUCAGUGACCAAUAAGAGGCCAGCUCAGCUCCUCGUGACCAAGGUCAAGAAGUUUAGUGGCUCUUCCUCCUUUACCAGGCGCUCUCAGUGGAUCAUUGAGCAGCUUCGCCAGGUCAAUGGCAUCAACUCCAACAAGGACUGUCCAGAAUUUGAUCUCGUGUUUGACAAUGCCUUCGACCAGUGGAUGGCCAGCUCAGCAGCUGAGAAGUGCAUCUUCAUCCAGAUUAUGUACCAUGCCUGUCAGACCUACUGGCAGGGCAAGGAGGGCAGAGUGGCCCAAGAAAGCAAGGCGAGCAGGGAGGGCCAAGGUGCCCAGGUGGGCACUGUGGCCAGGGAAGGUGUGCUGCAGGAGGAUGUAGAGGGCCAAAGCACUCUACUGCAUCCAAAAGGUCAAAAGACUCCUGGCCAGAAGAAAAGCAAAACUGGGCUCAGAAAAACAGAGUUUGUCAACUGUCAGUCUAAACUGACCGGAGACGCCUGCACCAUGAACCUGGUCAUCUAUCGCUGCAGGGUCUUCUUUAAACGUAUGAAGAACAUGGUCUCAAACCAAGGGCGCCCUCUGAGCAGAGGUUUCCAGUCCCCUGGUGACCAGAGGCUCCCGAGGAGCAGCGUGGGUAGUGUAGUUCAGAAGGCCAGCCUGACUCUGACGGAGCGCGGCAGGAGACUGAGCCGUGCUGAGGACAAGACUGUGGACCUUAUGUACAGAGCCCAUCAGUUUGCAGACACUGCCCACAAGCUGUCCCUGAAGAAGAACUAGAGGUUUCCUCCUGUUGGGUCCAGAGUGAAGUCAUUGUCAUGUAUUUUACUAUACCUAAUCACUUAUUCUGCUAACAUUGGCUGAGGACCAGCCUGAACCUAAUGGACAUCCUAGAAGAAGUCUCCUCGUCUUAAACUGCAUCAACAACUGUCUCUGUCCAGUGGAAAAUCACAGGACUUUUAUAUAGGCAGUCAAGAAGACGAGUCAGAAGACCCCAGCUUGAUAUUCCAGCUACUGACCUUUCACCUCUUGGAGAAAUCUUCGGGAUCCUUUUAAACUUGCAACUGUUCAACCAUGGGGUGGCUAGACAUAGUUGAUACACUAGGUGGCGCCGAUGUGUUACAAUGCACCAACUGUAUGCUCGUCCCUUUGCAGUAUGUUGCCAUGUUAACCUCCGGUUUGAUGGAAGGUGUUGUCGAAGUUGUAAGGAAUGCUGUUACAGGUUGCCUUCCGAGUUUUGAUGAUUGACAUGGGUCCAGUUUGUGGUCUCUAAAGUGGAUCAUUCUAAACCAGCUACAGUAGUUUAUUUCUGACUCUUCUGUGUUGUCUUAAAUAUGCAAGUCAUGGUUUUGAUAUGAAGCUGUCUUGGUGACACACUACAUGUGGCAAUGCUGCUUGUUCUUUUCAUAGGCAGAGCGAGAGAAAAGGGAUUACAGUAAUUCAGAGUGAAGCAUUUUAAUUGUUAUUUUAAACACUUAAUUUUUGGGAAAGAACUAACUUGAACCAUUUGAAUUAUGCAAUUUGGUUUAUUGUCAGUAUUGGCACAGCAGUUGAAGAGAACCAGUACUACUGGAAAGGUGGUAGUGGAGGAAAGUGGAAUUGCAUGGUUGAUAAUGCACUGUGGUUUGUCUUUCAGUUCCUUCAACUCACUUCAAUUACAUUGCAGGAAGCACCUUAAGUCUCUCACAAUUUUUUUGAAAAUGGACUAAGUCCAAUGCCCUUUCCCUGUUUUGUAAAACAAAAUGAACCUUUUGAGUAGCCUGAGUUAAAAGUGUUUUUGUCAUGUCUUGUCUAUUCUGAUUUUUUUAUCUGUAGGUCUAUGGUUGCUGUUGUCUUUUCCAUGUGUCUUGUCUCUUAAAUGUGAGUCUUUGAAUUGUUACGAAUUUCUUACUUUUCAUGAAAUUCGGUCCAUGUCUGAGAGUGCAAGUGAAAUGCUGGAGUUGGGUAUGUGGAACUGGGUUAGACCAACUAUAAUGGUAUGGAAGGAAUAGCAAGGGCCAGGGUGAGUGGAGGAAUGGAACCCCUGAAGGGGUUUUUGCUGAGGCCCUGUAGACAGGUGCUAGUGGGAGUGUUUUCUAGCUAUAGUUGAACUGGACUUCUGAUGAUUAAUUUCCAAGACCAUAUUACCGUGUAUGCUUAAUCUGCUUUACGAAUGCUGUGUUACAGCCCCCCCGCCCCCCCCUCAACACCAAUCCUUUAGGAAUAGUGACCCUUUAAUUGGGCUUUUACUGAGCUGUUUGUAAUGGAUACAGUUGAUAGAAACAAUAAUGGUCAAUGAUUACAGAUAAUUCAAGGCUUGUUUAGAAGGCUCCUAUGUUGUUGACUGUAAAUUGUGGAAACUAAUGAAACACUUGUCUUGAUCAUGGUUUCUUUGUUACUCAUUCUGGUGGUGAAGCUUAAUUAAUACUGUCUAGUGUUCAAUUGGGAAGCUGCAAAAGCAAAGACCUGCUUUUCUAAUUCUUUAAUUCUUAUUUUCUGUACUGGCUCUGGCACUAGCAUGUGUCUGUGGCACAUGUGGCAACUAUUUGAUAUGUUAAUGAUAAGAAAGCUCUUGCCCAGCCUUUAAUUAGAAAGUUCAAUUUUGCUAAAUCUCUUUGAUCC